AUGCUUUGUUAUCCUGAGAAGACUAGUCUAUUUUUAGAUCAUGUUUGGCUAAGGGGCUGGUAUAAUCUCAAGACAUCAAAAAGAGUAAAAGCUUUUCGUCGCGGAGAGUUCGAUUCAUGCAUUGAGAAAGCUAAGGAGUCCGCAUCUAAUUCAUCAAAGAAGAUGUGUAAAUAUGCUCGCAGAAGUGAUGCCAUUGUUCACUCAUUUAAGAUUGAAAAUACUGCUGUUCUGUUUACAUUAGGCUCUUCAGCGAUUUCAGGGACUGAGGAGCUCAAUGAGUUGGGUUCUAUCUGUUGGGGUUCUGAUGCUCGGUGGCAGCUAAAAGGAAAAAGAAAGUCAAAUUCGAGAAAAAUGGAAGUACGCAAGAAACAUGACAAUGUGGACACAUCAGGUACUAAUCUGGACAGCUCUUUCAGAAAGUCAGGACCAAUUGCGGAAUUUAAGUUUGAAAAGUCAUCUGUUAUGCCGAUGGAACUCACACAAGAGGACAAACUGAUGCGCUGGCAGUUCCCCAGAGGUUAA